UAGAGCGACGGUCUCACAUUAAAGAACUACUGAAUAAAGCAGAGAUAGCUACAGUUAUAGUGCACAACUGUAUAGUAGCCACAUGUUCAAACAGUAGUAUCUGCCUCAAAUAUAAACAUACAUAUCUAAAGUUAGAUAGCGACACUGGUACCAGACCAAACAAUCCGAAUCCCGAUAUGAUCGACCGCCAUUGGGCCAGUGGAGCACGCAGCACACACACACACAGACAGACAGCGUGUCAGGUUGAACACAGCGGAUGAUGAGUUUUGUAAGCUCCAGAUAACCUGCAGCCACACCACAAUGACAGACUACGCCGAGGAGCAGAGGAAUGAACUAGAAGCUAUAGAGUCAAUCUACCCAGACUCCUUCACAGUGCUUUCAGAUGAUCCCACCAGCUUCACCAUCACUGUAACAUCAGAUGCAGGGGAAAAUGAUGAAACCGUGGAAGCAACAUUAAAGUUCACAUAUGUAGAGAAAUACCCCGAUGAGCCUCCACUGUGGGAGAUCCACUGCCAGGAGAACCUGGAGGACAGUGACGUGGAGGAAGUCCUCACCUUACUGCAGCAACAG